CCUUCACGCGCAGAUGGGGAGAAGUUUGCAGCCUGCGGCGCAGUCACUGUACAUUUACCGUGUUUCGUUUAGGGAGCAGCAACAAGAAGAAGAAGGAGACGAAGAAGAAGAAGGGAAUCUGAGGACUAUCAGCCUGCACAGCUCUGCUUUACAUCUAAUCUGUGCUCAUCAUUUAUGUCGCCAAACUAGAAGCUCCGCACGCAGACUGUAGUCUGUCGGAGGGUUUAGCCUGGUCCCGAAGAAGAAGAAGAAGAAGAAGAAGAAGAAAAAGAAGAAGAAGAAGAAGAAAAAGAAGAAGAAAAGAAGAAGACAGUCCCAGUGAAAGUGAUAACAGUCAGAAUGAAUAACAACAAAACCGAGAAAGAAAACGAGCAGAGUGAAUUCACCAACCACGAAGAAGAGGUCCGAACACUCUUUGUCAGUGGGCUGCCGCUGGAUAUCAAGCCGCGGGAGCUCUAUCUCCUCUUCAGACCUUUUAAGGGCUAUGAAGGCUCCUUGAUAAAACUCACUUCUAAACAGCCGGUGGGGUUUGUCAGCUUUGACAGCCGAUCAGAGGCGGAAGCUGCUAAGAAUGCCUUGAACGGGGUCCGCUUUGAUCCAGAGAUCCCCCAGACUCUUCGACUGGAGUUCGCCAAGGCCAACACCAAGAUGGCCAAGAACAAGCUGGUUGGCACCCCCAACCCCCUGCCCUCGCAGCAGAGCCCCGGGCCGCAGUUCAUCAGCAGAGACCCAUAUGAGCUCACAGUGCCCGCUCUCUAUCCCAGCAGCCCAGACGUCUGGGCGUCAUACCCGCUGUACCCGGCGGAGCUGUCGCCGGCCCUCCCACCCGCUUUCACCUACCCCUCCUCGCUCCACGCUCAGUUUCGCUGGCUCCCACCUGCAGAUGGAACUCCUCAGGGAUGGAAGUCCAGGCAGUUCUGCUGAAGUAUGUGUUCCUGAUGUGUGAUGGUGGCCGGCUGUGACGGGCGUUGCUGAUUGCCUCUCGUGUCCAAUUGGAAAGCAGGAGGACUGACCUGACUGCGGCUCGUGGAGCAGCGUACCGUCGGCAGCAGCAGCCUCCUGGGCCUCAGGACAAACCAGCCCCCGCCUCCAUCACACAUCGAGCCCCCCCCCCCCCCCUCCCAACUCUUUUUUAUACUGUUACAUACUCGAGACUUAGCGGCAGUGCUCGGGCUGCACCUCCUCUGACUCCUCUCUGAAGGUGCACCUCCUGUCUCACGUCAAGCUGAAGCGCUGCCGGCUAAAGUUAUUAUACGACUAUAAUUAUUACUAUUCUGUAUAUCAUUCAUAUUAAUGUUAUUACUAUGAUUAUUAAAUACAUGUUGAAGCAUGACUUUGCAAAAAAAACAAAAAAACCCAAUGCUGUACAUUUUUAGAUAUUUUAAAGAAAUACAAAAAAGUAUUUUUGUAAUCAAGACUGUUUGAAAUGUUUGAUUGGUUCAUGUUGUGCUUAGUGUGUGAGGAACUUUCAUACUUCCUGUUUGUGUGCCAUUAUAACAUGGCGAGUCGCCCUGCUAUACCAAAGCAGCCCUGUGUGUCCGCUCUUUCUACACACUGUGUGUUUGUGUGUGUGGAGUCCUGGUGUGCUUCAGCCGCCCGUCAUCCUGCAGCUGGAGACAUCAGAGGCGCGACAGCACGAAGGUAGAGUGACCCGGAGACAGAGUGAGCCUGUGCACAGAGAAGUGAAGACCAAAGCUUUCCUGUUUUUUACACUGGAGAUCUAACGAGGCUAGUGGAGUUAUUCUGUGUCUGACGGCUUUGUGGUCCUCAGUGUGAUUUCUUAUGAAGUAUGACGUUAUUUUUGCUGCACGUCUCUUUUGGUGUCGCUCCAAAGAGCCACUCUGCAUCUGAAAGGAUUUUCACUUUAAGCAUUUUGUCUCUUUUGUCUAUUUUUAGGGAGCCAACGUUUGUAAGAUUUACACAUUGAUGAUUGGAGUGUGGAUAAAAUAAUCUUUUGUAAUUGUGUGUAUUCUGGGCCUGCAAUAAUAACGUCUCUGCUGUUUGACAUAUCAGUGAUCAUAUUUCUGUGACAUUUUGACGGCAAAAAAAAUCCUCAUUCAUGUCGAAUUCUUACAAAAACAAACUUUUCUGAUGAGGCCGGGUCACAUGUCAGUGAAGUGACGAUGAAAAAGUGAAAAACAAUCUUCCCUGUAAUGUUCAUAAUCAUAUAGCCAGUGUUUGUAAUGAAUAAUGAUAUUAAUAAUAAUAUGCACAUCGUGUCUGCUGAUUCUCUGGAGCAGUUUUUUAAAGCCAGAUGGCACCAAAUUUAUUAGAACCAGUAUUUAUAAGGUGUGUGUGUGUGUGUGUGUGUGUGCGUGUGUGUGUGUGUGUGCGUGUGUUUUUAUGGGUAUCAUGUUUUUAAGGUCAGAUGCCCAUCAUAUAAUUCAUUGUAAAGUUUAAUUGUAUAUUCAUUUGGUAAUUUUCUAGCUUCUCUUUGUGUUUGUACCUAUGAAACCGUUUUAUCUUGCUGACUGUGCAGAAGCUGCUCUGCUCGUCCUCCCUCUGUCCCUCAGUGUGUUCUGUGCAUGUUCACGGCAUGUGUGUGUUUUCUUUUCCUGAUGCAGAGAGUACUGUUGAUGUGUAUGUACUCUGGCCGCUGUGAGGAGAAACUGUAUUUCAGUGAAUUGCAGAGGUUUGUUUGAAAAAAACAAAAAAAGGUGAUCAAAAUGAGUUUUUAUGAAAAUGUUAAAUGAAGACAUUUCAGGCCAAUUAAAGAUUGACGUCAUCCCUGCUGUCAUGAUUACAUUUAA